GAGACGUCAGGAGCAACCAUGUCGGUUCAGGUGGCAUCCCCAGGAAGCAUGGGGCUGGGCCCAGAGCGUCUGAACCCCGAGGAGCUGGUGCGGCAGACGCGACAGGUGGUGCAGGGGCUGGAGGCCCUGCGAGCUGAGCACCACAGCCUGGCCGGGCACCUGGCGGAGACCCUGGCUGGACAGGGCCCCGCGGCCAGCGUGGAGUUGCUGGAAGAAAAGCAGCAGGUGGUGAACCACUCUCUGGAGGCCAUCGAGCUGGGGCUGGGUGAGGCCCAGGUGCUGCUGGCCCUGUCGGCGCACAUGGGCGUGCUGGAGGCUGAGAAGCAGCGGCUGCGUGCACAGGCCCGGAGGCUGGCGCAGGAGAACGUGUGGCUGCGGGAGGAGCUUGAGGAGACCCAGCGGCGGCUGCGGGCCAGCGAGGAGGCCGUGGCCCAGCUGGAGGAGGAGAAGAGCCACCUCCAGUUCCUGGGCCAGCUGCGUCAGUAUGACCCGCCUGAGGAUAGCCAGCGACCGGAGUCCCCCCCUCGCCGAGACAGCCUGGCCUCCCUGUUCCCCAGCGAGGAGGAAGAGAGGAAAGAUCCUGAGGCGGCAGGGACAGCAGCGGCUCAGCAGGGUGGCUAUGAGAUUCCCGCCCGCCUUCGGACCCUGCACAACCUCGUGAUCCAGUACGCAGGCCAGGGCCGCUACGAGGUUGCUGUGCCUCUGUGUCGCCAGGCCUUGGAGGACCUGGAGCGGAGUUCAGGGCACUGUCACCCCGAUGUGGCCACCAUGCUCAACAUACUGGCACUGGUGUACCGGGACCAGAACAAGUACAAGGAGGCCACAGACCUCCUCCAUGACGCCCUACAGAUCCGGGAGCAGACGCUGGGCCCAGAGCACCCUGCAGUGGCCGCCACCCUCAACAACCUGGCCGUCCUGUACGGGAAGCGCGGGCGUUACCGGGAGGCAGAGCCCCUGUGCCAGCGCGCCCUGGAGAUCCGAGAGAAGGUCCUAGGCGCUGACCACCCGGAUGUGGCCAAGCAGCUCAACAACCUGGCCCUGUUGUGCCAGAACCAGGGCAAGUUUGAGGAUGUGGAGCGGCACUACGCCCGGGCCCUGAGCAUCUACGAGGCCCUGGGUGGGCCCCAUGACCCCAACGUGGCCAAGACCAAAAACAACCUGGCAUCCGCCUACCUGAAGCAGAACAAGUAUGAGGAGGCCGAGGCACUGUACAAGGAGAUCCUGAGUGGAGAGGACCUGCCCGCCCCUCUUGGAGUCCCCAGUGCAGGCACAGCUGGUGACACAGAGCAGCAGGUCCUUCGUCGGAGCAGCUCGUUCUCCAAGCUCCGAGAGUCCAUCAAGCGAGGAAGCGAGAAGCUGGUCUCCCGUCUCCGGGGCGAGGGCGUGGCAGGGGCAGCGGGGAUGAAGAGAGCCAUGUCACUCAGCAUGCUGAACACAGACGGCGCCAGAGCUGCUGCUGGGACUCAGCUCCCUAAAUGGCACCUGAGCAAGGCCCCUCGGACCCUCAGCACCAGCACCCAGGACCUGAGCCCCCAGUGAGGCAGACUGGACC